CCGCCCGAGAGCCCAGAGCCAGCUCUGCGCGUGGACGCCCGGGCUCCCCAGCCAGAGGGCGCCUCCACCCAGAGCCGACGCGCCCUCGGGCUGCCGCCAUGGAGCCCCUCUUCCCGGCCUCCGUGCCUGGCUGGAACGCCUCCUCCUCGGGUGACAGGUCCCUGGUGGGGCCGGCGCCGGCGCCGGGGGCCCGGGCGGUGCUGGUGCUCGCGCUGUACCUGCUGGUGUGCGCGGCCGGGCUGGGCGGAAACGCGCUGGUCAUCUACGUGGUGCUGUGCUGCGCCCGGAUGAAGACGGUCACCAACAUCUACAUCCUCAACCUGGCGGUGGCCGACGUCCUCCUCAUGCUGGGGCUGCCCUUCCUGGCCACGCAGAACGCCGCGUCCUUCUGGCCCUUCGGCCGCGUCCUGUGCCGCCUGGUCAUGACGCUGGACGGCAUCAACCAGUUCACCAGCGUCUUCUGCCUGACGGUCAUGAGCGUGGACCGCUACCUGGCCGUGGUGCGCCCGCUGACCUCCGCCCGCUGGCGCCGCCCGCACGUGGCCAGGAUGGCGAGCGCCGCGGCCUGGGCCCUGUCGCUGUGCAUGUCGCUGCCCGUGCUGGUGUUCGCGGACGUGCAGGACGGCGGCACCUGUAACGUGAGCUGGCCGGAGCCGGUGGCGCUGUGGGGCGCCGUCUUCGUGGUCUACGCGGCCGUGCUGGGCUUCUUCGGGCCGCUGCUGGUCAUCUGCCUGUGCUACCUGCUGAUCGUGGUGAAGGUGAGGACCGCGGGCGUGCGCGUGGGCUGCGCGCGGCGGCGCUCGGAGCGGAAGGUGACGCGCAUGGUGGUGGUGCUGGUGCUGGUGUUCGCGGGCUGCUGGCUGCCCUUCUUCACCGUCAACAUCGUCAACCUGGCGGUGGCGCUGCCCCAGGAGCCCGCCUCCACCGGCCUCUACUUCUUCGUGGUCAUCCUCUCCUACGCCAACAGCUGCGCCAACCCGGUCCUCUACGGCUUCCUCUCCGACAACUUCCGCCAGAGCUUCCGGAAGGUUCUGUGCCUCUGCAAGGGCUCCGGCGCCGAGGACGCUGACGCCACGGAGCCGCGGCCACGCAGGAGCCGGCAGCAGCCGGAGGCCACGCCGCCCGCGCACGACGCCGAGGCCAACGGGCUCAUGCAGACCAGCCAGCUGUGAGGGGCACCUACGGCGGGGGGGGGCGGGGCCGUGUCCCCCCAGGGGCAGGGGUUGCACUGCAGUGCCCCCACCCUCACCUGCCAGUCAGGAUGUUUCCCUGCGGCGGCGGUGCGGUGAGGAUGGAGCUGCCUGAGGCCAGGCUGGGGUGGACGCGGGACAGAAGGCACCCCCACAGUGACAGACCACCCUCUCCCGCCUGUCUCCCACGAGGGGGGGGCCCUGGGAGGUGGGGGAGGUGGCCAGGCUGCUGAGGGGCUCUUGUAAGUCCUCAGGGCCUCCUCACCCUCCAUCCUGCCCCAGCCCAUGCCAGCCUCCCCGCCGGGGAGCAACGUUUCCAGAAGGCCAGCCAGACCAGAGGGUCUUCCUGACGGCAGGGGCCUGCCCUGCCUGGCCCCCCAGCUGCGUGUGCCCUCCGGUCAGCUCUGAGCCACUUGCUGCUCUGGUAAAUUAAAGACACCUGAAAGGGCUAGACUCGGGUCCCCUGGAGUCCCUGCCUGGGGCCCCAGCCCCGAGCCUUCCCCGCACUGUGUGGAAUCUGGACACAGGUGUGAGGGAGCGUGGCGGGGCUGCCCUCGGUCAGCCAGGGUCAUGCCUGCCCUGGGGCCCCACCCUGCUGUCCGACACCCUACGGGAUGCUGUCCCAGAGAGGGAAGCAGGGGGCUCCCGGUGGGAGAGGUGUGGAGGCAGCUGGCACAGA